CAUGUGCGACACCCAGAGACAGUAGUUUUUACUUCCGCUAGUCUGAGUUGUAACUAAUGCGAUAAGAGAGACUAGCCGAUUUGAUGAACAGUGACAGACAGCGGGCUGUGAAGAUCAGUUUAUGACCUGCAGUGUUUAUUAAUUAUCUUCUCGGAGUGGAGCUUCUCCAGUCUUCAGACUGUGGGAUCACUGAUCACAGGGCUUUAUAUGAGGAUCUUUAUCAGAUCUGAUGCAACAUGGGAUCAACUCGUGUGAGUGGAGUGUUCUCGCGGACGGUCGCGGGGCUCCUCCGGGAACGAGACCCCCGAUACAGCCUUUCUUCCCUCAGACUGACCCGGGGUUCAGCCAGCAGCUCUCCCGAUAAACACGCGAGAGAAAGCGGACAGACCCCCAGAGCUGAGGAGCCGGAGGCGGCGGGCACGCAGGAGGAGCGCAGCCGGGCUCGGAGCGGCUUCCUCGGGGCAGUGGCUGUAGGACUCGGGCUGAGUGGAGCCGCUUUACUCAGUUUUAAGGACGAGCAGGAGAAAGACAUUCUUCAGAGAAUAUUUCCUCUCAGAAACUCUGGACUACACUCAGUGUUACCUGUAGCCCGGUGUGCUUCUCCAUUCAAACCAGACAGUCCUCGCUUCAAGUACAACUUCAUAGCAGACGUGGUGGAGAAGUCCACGCCUGCUGUAGUGUACAUCGAGAUCGUAGGACGGCAUAUGUUCUCUGGCCGAGAUGUUGCCGUCUCGAAUGGUUCCGGCUUUAUCGUCAGUAGCGAUGGACUAAUAGUGACCAAUGCCCACGUAGUAGCCAACAAGCGUGACGUCCGGGUCAAACUCACCAGUGGAGAGACCUACAAUGCUGUUGUGCAGGAUGUGGACCAAGCUGCAGACAUUGCAACCAUUAAAAUUCAACCCAAGCAUCCUCUGCCAACAUUGCGUCUGGCCCAGUCAUCGGAAGUGCGGCAGGGGGAGUUUGUGGUUGCCAUGGGGAGCCCUUUCGCUUUACGAAACACCAUCACCUCUGGGAUAGUCAGCUCAACUCAGAGAGGAAGCAAAGAACUGGGUCUGUCCAACCCCAACAUGGACUACAUACAGACUGAUGCUACCAUAGAUUUUGGAAACUCUGGUGGUCCUCUUAUUAAUUUGGAUGGUGAAGUAAUUGGCAUUAACACUAUGAAGGUCACAGCUGGAAUCUCCUUUGCCAUCCCCUCAGACAGAGUACGUGUGUUCCUUAAUCAGGCUGCAGAUAAAAAGAAGUCCUGGUUCAGUGAAUCCACGACCAAGCGGCGCUACGUAGGAGUGAUGAUGUUAACUCUGACACCAAGUAUUAUUGCAGAGCUGAAAAUGAGAGACCCCUUGUUUCCUGACGUGACCCAUGGAAUCCUCAUACAUCGCAUCAUCUCUGGCUCUCCAGCACACAGAGCGGGAAUGAAGCCAGGAGACAUUGUUUUGGAGGUCAAUGGUGUGAAAGUGAACACGUCAGAGGAGAUCUACAAUGCUGUGCGGUCAAGCGACAGCAUCAAGAUGGUGGUCCGCAGGGGGGAAGACCUUCUGAUCCUGCACAUGGUUCCUGAGUUUACAGAGUGACCUUGAGAUGAUCUAUUUUUGUGUUGUUCAUUAUUGGGAUGAAGUAGUGGAUGAAGAGGAAUGAUGGAAUGAUAGAAACGUUGAGUGUGUUUAUGUGAAAUGUAGAUGGAAGGAGAUAUGGCUUGGGGACAUUUUAGUCUGUGUGAGAAAGAUAGAAAUUAGUGUGUGGAGCAGUAUGAAAGAAUACAUGAAGUUACGCGUUUCAUAUUAAAUGGUUCUGUAAUUUGUGUUGGAUUAACAAGCUAGGAAAAGUGGAGUUUGGGAUGGGAAUAGACACAUAAACAGGCAAUAGACCAUAUGAUGGAAUUAUAGGGAAGAAUUAUAAUGGGAAGAACUUGACAGUAUGAUGAAUGAUUUAUCAAGAUACAUGGGAUACCGUUUAAUAUAUUGCAAUACUGUAAGGAAGGUGAUAUAUUGUAAUUGUUAAAAUCACAUUUCAGAAAAACAAAAUGUCAAAUCACAAUUAUAAGAUCUAAGUAAAAGAACUGUUCCAACUCAAAAUCAGUCAAUGUCUAACAUCAAUAUUUACAUGCAAAUUAAUAAUUAAAAAACAAUACUGUGUUUAUGAAAUAAAAAAAAACAAUGUGUUGCUCUUUAAGAUUUUCCUGCUAUUAGAAGACUAAUAGGCAGCAAACCUUAUGUUUUUAGCUACAAUGAUUUCCAUUGUAUGUAAAGGCACAAUUGAGUACAAAAAAAAGUUGCAAAAAUUAGAUCAAAGAAAAUUGGAUAAGAGAUUUUAUUUUUUGUUUUAUUUACUCUUUUUGCAUUUGGAUGCUUUUUUCAUUUGAGAAAACAAAAAUUACUCCUGAUUCCUCAUUCCCCAUUUUUUAGUUUACCUUGCCUGUUUAAAACUGUUCAUCAAAAUGAGUAUUUUGUUCUGAAUUUUGUCAAAAGUAUACUUUGGGACUGGUGUAUGGAAAGAUGUGUA